ACACACAGACACAAGCCACUACUAUCAUUAAAUCUGUGUGUCCAAGACAGACAAAGGCUGUACUGAAAGUAUGAAAGCAGUACUUCCCACUGUUCUGAAAUAGGAGGACUAGGAUAAACUAAGUAGCUUCACGUGGAGAUGUAUUUGAAAUGCAAAAGAAGGAAGAAAAUAGACAUGUCUACAUUAUAAGUGAGAUUUAACUAACAUUUCUGUUUCAGAAUGGCCUGCACUCCAGAGCUGGGGAAGGGAAAAUGAUGAAUCCAUCCCCGUUUCAUUGGCUUAACUUCCCGUCUGCUUUUCUGAUUUUCUAGAUUGACGUUAGAGGUGCAUACGUCCUGGGUAUCUAUCUACAUUUGACGUCAUUUGAUCCCUGGAAGGACAGCGCACCUCAGAAGCACACAGCAGAAUAAAGGGUCUGCUGGACACGCAGUUGGAAUCAACAGAUGCAGCUCACAGAACCACACCUCCCAGGAUUUACGUGGCAUUCAUACUCUCCAAUAUAGUCCGUUCAAAACACAGGCUCCAGCGACCCUGGGAGAUUCAGGUGAAGAAAGACAGGCCACGUAAGGUGUAAACCCUUUGUGGUCCUAGGCCAAAAGGUGUGGUGAAGAACAUUGCUUUAGGGAACACCUGCCACGGCCAGACCCUUCAACCUCUAUUAAUUCCGUCUUGACAGGAAACUCAAAUCAUAAUGGCUGCUGAGUAUAUCCUAUGCAAUUGGAAAGGCCACAUUUGGCCAGCAAAGGCUUUGUCCAGAUCUGGGAUCUCACCAAAAUAUAUGAGGAAAAGACCACUUUCUCUAGAAGUUCAAAUACUCUCAGUAGGUAAAAAAAUUAAAGUGAAAAGAACAGACAUAAAGCUCCUAAAUGAGUCUCAAAUUGAAUCCUUGCUAGUGGCCCAGUCAAAGGCCAGUGUUCCACCAGGACAGAAAGUGGCCUACAGAAAUGCUCUUAAAGUGGCACUGGAGAUCCUGAAUAAGAGAGCAAAUUUUGGUCCAGCAAGAGCAUCAGAUGGUCUAGAGACCACUACACCAUCUCAAAGGAGACCACAAAUGCAAGCUCGUAAAAAGUACCGGAAGCCUAAAGGUACCUUACUGAGGAGUCUUAGGAAAAGAAAAAACCUCAAAUCGCUGCUGGUGUGUUCACAGAAUAAAAACGCCCCAGACAGUGGCCCAUCACAGGCGCACACAACCAUCACGCAUACACUAAGGGAAAGGCGAGCAAAGUCCUCGCGAAGCUGCAGCAUGUGCUCAAAGUUCCCAUCACUUUCGGAAGAUGAUCAUAAGACAGGAGGCCGACCACACACACACACAACGGUCACGCGUACUCUAAGGGAAAGGCGAGCAAAGUCCUCGCGAAGCUGCAGCAUGUGCUCAAAGUUCCCAUCACUUUCGGAAGAUGAUCAUAAGACAGGAGGCCGACCACACACACACACAACGGUCACGCGCACUCUAAGGGAAAGGCGAGCAAAGUCCUCGCGAAGCUGCAGCGUGUGCUCAAAGUUCCCAUCACUUUCAGAAGAUGAUCAUAAGACAGGAGGCCGACCACACACACACACAACGGUCACGCGCACUCUAAGGGAAAGGCGAGCAAAGUCCUCGCGAAGCUGCAGCGUGUGCUCAAAGUUCCCAUCACUUUCAGAAGAUGAUCAUAAGACAGGAGGCCGACCACACACACACACAACGGUCACGCGCACUCUAAGGGAAAGGCGAGCAAAGUCCUCGCGAAGCUGCAGCGUGUGCUCAAAGUUCCCAUCACUUUCAGAAGAUGAUCAUAAGACAGGAGGCCGACCACACACACACACAACGGUCACGCGUACUCUAAAGGAAAGGCGAGCAAAGUCCUCGCGAAGCGGCAGUGUGUCCUCAAAGCUCCCAUCACUUUCAGAAGAUGAUCAUAAGACAGGAGGGAAAGGAAAUAGGGACACAUCAAGAGGUAUGUCUUUGCAUCGCACAGUCAAAGAGAAGGGUACAAGUGCUAAAGAUGGAGGCGUCCUUCCACCUUUGUCACCAAGCUUCAACCUCACUUUGCCCAAAGCUCACAAAGAAGAGGCACAUGACACCUACCCAAGGACCCUGGCUGUCUCCUGUGAAAGCUCUGCCUUCUCGGGGAAUGUUGAGGACCAUGGAGAGGUUGCCUGGAAGCCAGGCUUGGAAGGUGCAGCAGCAUCCUCCAGUGCCCCUAAACAGAGGCGGUGUUAUUCACUCGGUCUGGCAAAUAGAAAAAGGAAGCUGCAGGUGACAGAGUUUGAGAAAGGGCUGCAAGAACUUCAACCUUCAGUCAACUCAAAGGCUAUUAACCCCACCACCACUAUUAAAAAGAAUGCCAACAAAGAAAUGGGACAAGUGGCAAGCAUGGAUUUUCCACAAGAGCCUUGUCCCAUUGAAGGAGGAAUGAUGGUCUGGUUCAAAUUUCAGAAUCACCCAUUUUGGCCUGCAGUAGUAAAGAGUGUCAGCCAAACAGAGCAGACUGCAAGGGUGCUUUUGGUUGAGGCAAACAUGCACUGUGAAAUGAGUGGCAUUCGAGUUCCUCUUCGAAGAUUAAAGCACCUGGAUUGUAAAGAGAAAGAAAAACUAAUAAAGAGAGCCAGGAAAUUGUACGAGCAAAGUGUGAACUGGUGCUUCUCCCUGAUUGCCCACUACAGAGAAAGGCUCAGGCGAGGUUCUUUUGCAGGCAGUUUCCUGGACUAUUAUGCUGCUGACAUCAGUUACCCAAUUAGGAAAGCCAUCCAAGACAGGGAUCUGGAGAUUGAUUUCCCAAAGGUGAAUUAUGCCGACCUGGAAGAUUUUGAGGAGGAGACCUCCCUGGACGGGAAGAGGCCCUGCAAGAAAAUUCUCCCUGACCGGAUGAAGGCUGCUCGGGACCGAGCCAACCAGAAGCUAGUGGACUUCAUUGUGAAAACAAAGGGGGCCGAUCACCAUCUUCUGGACAUUGUCCAAGGCAGGAAACAGUCCAGGUGGCUGGUAUCAUUUAGGAAUUCGAGCAGGUACGUGAUCUGCGUUGAAACAUACCUGGAGGACGAAGACCAGUUGGAUGUGGUGGUAAGACAUUUACACGAAAUCUACAAACAAAUAGACAAGAAAACGCUGAAUCUGGUAAGGGAUGACAAAGUGAGUUUUGUUCUGGAAGUUCUUCUGCCAGAAGCAAUCAUUUGUUCAAUUGCUGCACUUGAUGGAUUGGAUUACAAGGAGGCAGAAAAAAAGUACCUACAGGGGCCACCUGUGCAUUACCGGGAAAAAGAGCUAUUUGAUAAAAAUAUCCUAAAGAAAAUAAGAAAGAGAUAAGCAACAAGGAGCAAGACUAGUUAACUCCCCCUGUACCCACACUUUAGCAGGAAGACCUCUCAUCACCCUGUCUGUAUGAAAUGUGUGAUCGUUCCACUCUCUAUGGCAUGUAAAUAUGUUCUGGAAAUUUGAGACCUUGGGAAUACGCUGGAUUCAUUUUGGAUCCAUCUCUAGCACUUGUGGGUAGCACAGUCAUCAUCUUUUCUAGUACCCAAAUGCCUCACAAAUUAAUUUGUUAAAAUAUUGCAAACAGUUGUGCUUCCCUCUACUUGCUUGGAUGUGUAACUGUCCAGAUGUUUUCCUAACAUGGCUUUUAACCGUACUUCAUAUUUUAAUAUAGCACACACACAUUAUUUUAUUACAUGAAAGAGCACUGGUAUCAAACAUUAAGCAACGAUCAUUUUUAAAAUCCAAGAUAGACUCUUACAGAAACAAUCUGCAAUCUCUCAUUCCUUUUGUGACACCUGAGUAUAAAUGAUUGGGUUCCUUCUUAAGAUAAUUCCUGAAUUUUUUCUGCCACGCUUGUUUGUUUGGGAAAAAUAGCCCUGAGAGCUGAAACCAAUGACAGAGAUGUUUUCUAUAUAUUAUCACUACCUUCAAAUGGUUCUUGCAAAAGCAGUCUGGAAUCCAAAGUUAAUGGAUCAUUUGCACGUAGUCCACACGUGGGUGAAUGAAAUCUCAACGUGCAGUAAACAUUUUGCCAGCCUGUGAAAGAUUGUUAAAACUCUACAUUUCCCUGAGAUUCCACUUACGGAAGUAGCUCUUGUUCAAUGGCUGAAUGGUUUCCUUAAAACAGACAGGCUCCUGGCUGUCUUCUUAACUGACUGGAUCCUUUGCGUAUACUGCUUUAUCCCCAUGUGGAUGACAACUAGACUAAUCGUACACACCGUUUACCUAUUUUAGACCUAGGAGUCCAGGCUCACUGCUAAGAGCCUGUCUGAUUGGCACAAAUUGUAGGAAAGCUCGCAUUUUGCUCUGGACCUGUGUGCCCUAAAAUGCAGUCGUUUGUCUGAAGCUAAGCAAGCUUUCUCUUUUGACUUAUUCAUUGACUAGCCCUGACAGGUUCCAACUGUUAUGCAGGCUGGAAAGUCAUUCCAGGCUGCUUGAGCAAUAGAUGGACCGGGAUCUGGGAACUUGGAAAUGGGCUACAGAAAAGUAUCCGUUUGGCUAAAUAUGGCUGUUGUCAGAAUACAAUGAGACAUAUGUAACUAAAAGAUAAAUUCUGAAGCCCGUGAAUUGUUAUCCUACUUGAAACGAGAGUUUUUUCAGACAAAAAAUGUUGGGAAAGCUAGUUUACUUUUAAAACUUGUUGUGAAAAUAAACACUAAAGGUUUAAUAUACACCUGAGUGCAUUUUUAUUCUCAGAGAGAGUCAACUGUCACUCACAGGCCCAUGUUAUGUGUCCACAUGGCCGUGUGAUUUGUGUGUGUGUAAAAUUUUCAAGAGCUAGCUGUUUUGAUUCACGAUAAAACCACUGUAUCUUUCACCUUGAA